UACUGUACACAUUUCUCAUCUUUCCCGCCGUAGUGGUUUGAAAAAUUAGUUACAAGCACUACUACAACCGGUAAAUUUAUAAUGUCAAUGGAGAUUGAGCGUCGGAUCCUCCGGCUGCUCCACGGCCACAAAACCCGAUUCCGACUCCGUGAAAUCCACGGCCACUUCCUCCGUCACCACCUCCACCGAUCCAACCAAUUACUCUCCCAUUUCAUCUCUGUUUGCGCCGCCUCUAACAAACUCUCUUACGCCUACACUCUCUUCCGCCACUCACCAAACCCCAAUAUUCUCCUCUUCAAUUCAAUCAUCAAGGCCUUUUCUUGCCCCCAGUCUUUCCAUUUCUUCUCUGUCAUGAGAAACCGCGGAAUUUGGCCCAACGAGUUCACGUUCUCGCCUUUGUUUAAGGCGUGUUCGAAUAUGUUGGAUGUCAGGAUGGGUCAAGGACUUCACGGUGAGGUCGUCGUUAUGGGGUUUGAGUGUUUUAGUCAGAUUAGGAUUGCCCUUGUUGAGUUGUAUUGUAAGUGUGGGAGAAUGGAGGAUGCACGCCAAGUGUUUGAUGAAAUGUUUCAGAGAGAUGUGAUUGUUUGGAACUUGAUGGUUUCUGGGUUUUGUAGAACAGGGGAUGUUGAGUCAGGUUUGCUGUUUUUUAGGGGGAUGACGGAACGGACUGUUGUUUCUUGGAAUUCGAUGAUAUCUGGUUUGGCUCAAUGUGGUCGGGAUAGUGAAGCUAUGAAGCUGUUCGAGGAAAUGAGGAAUUGUGGUUUUGUUCCGGAUGAGACGACGGUGGUUAUCAUUUUACCAAUUUGUGCGCGUUUAGGUGAGGAUGGUGGUGUGGGGAAAUGGAUUCAUUCUUAUGCUAAAUCAAGUGGACUUAUUCUGGAUUUUAUCUCAGUAGGUAAUUCACUAAUUGAUUAUUAUUGUAAACGAGGGGCUCUAGAAAGAGCGUUUAGUGUAUUCAGGGAUAUGCCCCAGAAAAAUGUUGUCACAUGGAAUGCAAUGAUCUCCGGCCAGGCUUUUAAUGGAAAUGGUGAACGCGGGCUUACUUUGUUUGAGGAAAUGAUAGACGAACAUGGUGUGACCCCCAAUGAUGCAACUUUUGUAGGGGCUUUAACAUGUUGCUCGCAUGCCGGGUGGGUUAAAAGAGGUGGUGAAUUGUUGACUUCUAUGGUUUCAAAUUAUGGUAUUCAUCCAAAACUUGAGCAUUAUGGAUGUAUGGUUGAUCUUCUUGGGCGGGGUGGAUGUGUAAAAGAGGCUUAUGACUUAAUAAAUGCUAUGCCGAUGAAACCAAAUGCUGCAAUAUGGGGUUCCCUGCUGAAUGCUUGUCGUCAGUUCGAUGAUAUCGAGCUUGCUGUGCUUGCAGUAAAGGAACUUAUUAAAGUCGAACCAUGUAAUUCUGGUAAUUAUGUAUUGUUAUCAAAUCUUUAUGCAGAAAAAGGACUUUGGGAUGAAGUUGAGAAUAUUAGGUUGCUAAUGAAGAAGAAUAGCCUUCAGAAAGAACCAGGACAAAGCAUUGUGUAACAGCCGUCAUAAAGAUGUUAGAUUGAUUAACAAUGCUCCUUGGUACAGACCAUUACUUGGAAAUUUAAUGGAAUGCUCUACCGUCAAAACCAGUGACAGUGCAAGGCCAGUUGUGCAACUGGCGCCGAGCAAAUUUUUUCAGCAGAUCAGGAAAGACUUCUCUUACAGCAGGGUUCAAAUUUUACAAGAUUGACUGAUUAUUAGAGGUGAUUAUGCCCGGCUGUUUGCUCGAGAAAGAUCUAUGUUCCACUCGAUUGUAAGUUAAAAAGAGCUCGAGCUCAGGAGUGGUGUAUGAGGAAAAGGUUUUGGACUUGAAAAAGGUCUGACUUCUUCAACUUGAUUAAUAUAUAUAAGCAAUGCAACUGAGGAGCAUAAUCAUGGAGUUCGAAUUAGCGGCUGUACAUGUAUUAUAUGCGGUGACAAGAAUACAAAAUUAUUAAAUUA